GAAUUAAAGUUGAGAUCAGCAGUGUGAAUUAAAGUUGAGAUCAGCUGUAUGAUCGGUUCUGUGUGUCCCGCUGACCCCACUGCAGGACUGCCGCGAGGCCUGCUGGAUCACCCAGGCAGACUGGACCCGUCCUGCCCACCGAGAGUGAUACAACUCGGAGCAGAGAUGGAGCGAUACCUCAGUGAAAGUUCUGGAGCUCCACCUUUACCUAACAGCACCAACACCACCUCCGCUCCAGGGGCAGCAGUGCCUGUCACCAUGGUUACAGAGCGUCUCGCGGUGGUGACGGUGUUGGUGUUGCUGACAUUGCUGACAGCCAUCGUCAACGCCGCUGUCAUCACUGCCAUCUGCACCACCAAGAAGCUCCACCUUCCUGCCAACUACCUCAUCUGCUCAUUGGCUGUUACGGACUUCCUGGUUGCGAUACUGGUGAUGCCACUGAGCAUCCUUUACAUUGCCAUGGAGACGUGGUGCCUGGGCCGGGUGGUGUGUGAGGUGUGGCUGAGCGUGGACAUGACCUGCUGCACCUGUUCCAUCCUCCACCUGUGUGUGAUCGCGCUGGACCGCUACUGGGCCAUCACCAAGGCCAUUGAGUAUGCGCGCAAGAGGACCGCCCGCCGCGCCGCUGCCAUGGUAACCAGUGUGUGGCUCAUCUCCAUCUUCAUCUCCAUGCCCCCACUGUUCUGGCGUCACCGUGGCGACAGGGGCAGGGCCAGCGUGUGUAUCAUUGAGCACGAUCAGGUGGGCUACAGCAUCUACAGCACGUUCGGGGCCUUCUACAUCCCCAUGACGCUCAUCCUUGUCCUGUACUCGCGCAUCUACAGCGCCGCCAAGACGCUCUACCAGAAACGCGGCUCCUCGCGGCACCUGAGCCGCAGCACGGACAGCCAGAACUCGAUCAACCACUGCCGGGUCACGCACGCCUUCUGCCUGUCUGACCUCUCCACCUCCGACCCCACCAUGGAGUUGGACCACCUCAAUGCGGCUGCCCACGUGGUGUCCCCGGAGAAGGACGGCGACGCUGGCACCGAUGAGCGCGACCAGAUCUGCAGCUCGCGGGAGAGGAAGGCAGCCCGUAUCCUCGGCCUCAUCCUCGGGGCCUUCAUUGCCUGCUGGCUGCCCUUCUUCAUCAAAGAGCUGCUGACGGGUCUGAAGCUGCUUCAGCCAUCGCCACGGGUGUCCGACCUGCUGACCUGGCUGGGGUACGUCAACUCCCUCAUCAACCCACUCCUCUACACCAGCUUCAACGAGGACUUCAAACAAGCCUUCCGGAGACUUCUGAAGCGCAAGGAGCACACGUAGACACGGGCAUGAGAACAUGGAGAACUCUGUUUAACACAGACAGGUCUAAUGACUUUACUAUGCAUCUGUAACUCAUCAGACUGACACUAUGAUGCAGUCUCACCACAGCGAUGGUGGGAAGCCCCAAAGCUUUUGUCGUGAGGUUCUCUGUUAUAACCUCAGUUAUCUGUUAUAACCCCAGUUGUCUGUCUUAUAACCCAAGUUCUCUGUUCUAACCCCAGUUCUCUGUGUUAUAACCCAAGUUCUCUGUUCUAACCCCAGUUCUCUGUGUUAUAACCCAAGUUCUCUGUCUUAUAACCCCCAGUCAGGAUCUGUAAUCCAUUCUUCUGACACUGAAGUCCCAGUACAACCACCCCUCUACAACACUGUGGUCACUACAUUAUAUACUUCAUGUUAACUUUGCUCGGUGUCAUACUCAGCUUACACUCAAGGGAGAGCUGUUCUAGCAUUCAACCUGACCUCUGCAUUUCUGUAGUCACACAUCACUGACAGAUGUAGAGAAACUUCAUUUUAACGGACUUCUGUUGCCAUGAUAACACUGACCAUGUUACUAUAUGAUAAUUGAGAUAUGUUGUUUUUUUUUCUUAAAGAAAUAAAGUCAAAUUCAAGUCUACUUCCAUGUAUUAGUAGACAAACUGGUUUCUGUGGAAUAUAUUUGAUGGGUUGGAAAUUACAGACGUGAUGCUCUAUUAGAUGGAAUGUGAAUAAAGGAAUUUGGCCAACACUGA